UGCCGGAUGGGCUGGAGGACUAGGGCGGCGACGGGAGGGAAGAGCGUCCGCCAGAGAACAUCAGGAUCCACCAGCCAGAACAAGAUGAUGUGGAGGUCUCAAUCUGUGCUCUGUGCUUCUUUGCUCCUCUGUGGGCUACUCGGGGAAUGCUGUGGAACCGUUCUGAUGCCCAAGGACAAACGCGGCUGGACCCUGAACAGCGCUGGAUACCUCUUGGGACAUCCACUUCUCCCCUUGCACUCUCCUCUCCCCAAAGCAGAUGCGCACCAGACACUGUACAACAAAGGGAGCCUGGCGCAUAAGCGAGAUGCUACGGAGGACUUGUAUUCCGUAGGGCAGGAUUCCUUGGCACAUGCUGUGCACUCCUUAGAUGACAGCGCCUUCCAAACCCUGAUGGAUUUUCUAUCCUACCUGAACCCCCAAGAUCAAAGAGCUGUUUCACGCCUGCCCUUCUUGCUGUCGGAGGAAGAGUCCUUGCGGCAGUAGCGGCCUGCCUCCAGCCUGCGCCCUUUCAGAGCUGCUUGCUGCUGCCACUACACCGCAGACCCCCCCAUCCCCCCCACAUACAGGAUUCUGCUUUAUUCCUGACACAAAGCCACCUUAAUACAUUCUGGCGCCCCAAACAGCUGUGCCCAUUAUAUGCACAGCCAUUUGAGAGCUCACCCCCCCUUUGAGAGAACCCCCUCCCCUUGACUAAGCCGCCCCAGAGAUAUAGGCUACAAACACGCCAUACAGUUAAAGCGCAUGACUUCUACCAAAGAAUUCUGGGAACUGUAGUUUACCCACCACACAGUCACCAUUCUCAUAAUUUGCUUCUCGGCAGUGGCACCCUCCCUGUGGAAGACCCUCCCAUCAAAUGUAAAGGAGAUAAAGAACUACACAACUUUUAGAAGACAUCUGAAGGCAGCCCUGUAU